ACAGUAACAAAUGAAGUGGGAGAGUGACUUUAUUGUUCAAUAGAAAACAAUCCUCCAGAAGACAACUUUUUGGAAUUGUUUUGGAAGGAGCAGAAAAGGGCAUUUCAAUCCAAUCCAAAGGGUAUGAGGUGGCAUCCCAUGAUGAUACGAUUUGCCAUUUUCUUGCAGUAUCAAAGUUCUCGAGCAUAUGAGGCCAUUAGAGAAUCUGGUGUUUUAAAACCGCCAAACAAAUCAACAUUGAGGGAUUAUACCAAUGUUAUAACACCAGCAACUGGCUUUCAACCACAUGUGUUUGAGGAACUAAGAAAGAUAGCAGCAGACCUUCCCUCCGAGAAGAGAUUUGUUGCUCUCCUUCAUGACGAAAUGAAAAUAAAGUCCGACCUGGUGUAUGACAGACGGAGUGGCCAAGUCAUAGGGUUCACAAAUCCAGAUACUUGGACAUUCAACGAGGAUGAGUCAAUGAAAAUUGCAACCCAUCUGCUGGUUUUCAUGGUUGUUGGCAUUAAUUCCCACAUAAAAAUUAGUAUUGGCCGUUUUCCUACCAGAACUUCCACUGCCGACGAAUUAUAUCCUCAUUUUGGAGUGCUGUGGUAUACUUAGAAAUGAUAAGUGGACUGAAAGUAUGGAAUUUUGCAUGUUUAUACUUUGAUUUAAAUACGACUACCAAUUUAAAUACCAGACCAAUAAAAUAACUAUUAGCUGAAGAUCAUUGCUGCAAUAAUGGUACAGUUUAUAUUUCAUUAGUUUUCAUCCCACUAAAAAUGUGUCUCAUAAUGCACCAGAUAUCUGAGGAUGAUUUAUUUUUUAUCAUAUUCAGGUCAUAACAUCAACUACUGAUAAAGCCUCUGCUAAUCAGAGGUUGAAUCGAAUACACAGAGUAGGAAAUGAGCCAGUUGUCUGCAAAACAAGGAAUGUAUUCACUGAGGAGGACAGAUAUAUUUAUUUUAUGUCUGAUGCUCCCGACCUUGUGAAGACAAUAAGAAACAAUGUCUACAGAUCAAAGACAGGUGGAUCAAGAAUAAUGGUCGGUUUAUUCUGUGGUCUUAUGUGAUGGAUAUUUAUAAUGAUGACACAAGGGGCCAGUUGUACAGAACAAAACUAACCCAUGAUCAUAUGUACCUGACACCAUCUUCCACCAUGUCUGUCAAACUGGCAGUUCAGGUUUUAAGUAACUCUGUGGCACAGGUCAUGCGUGCUUAUUAUGGCCCAGAGGUGUCGGAGACAGCUAGGUUGUUUGGUUUGGUGAACCGAUGUUUUGAUUGCCUGAAUGUGCGGUCAUUGAGGGAGUCUUUAUUCGAGAGAAAACCAGAUGUAGCACCCUACACUUCACAAAAUGACCCAAGAUUCCAGUUCCUCGAGGAUGAAUUCUUAGAAUAUUUCAAUCAGUGGCUCAUUUCUUUGAGGUACCGACCAGUCUAUAAGAAGACGGAGCAGAACAAAAUCUUCGUUUCGUAUCAAACUCAUGAGGACAUUAUCAUGACAGUGAAAUUCUUCAUUGAGGCAACAAGAUACCUGCUUCAACAGGAGGUGCCAUAUAUUUUCAGCAAUGUCUUCUGUCGGGACUCACUUGAAGAGCACUUUGGUCCCUACAGAGGAUUGGAAACUCGUCAUGACAACCCAACAAUUCACCAGUUAGGUUACCAAGAAAACCAACUUCAGUUCAGAGGAGCUUAGCCUUCAACUUUGUGCCCAAAGGAAAUACUGCAGAAAGGACGGGGGGGAAAAGACUCAUUGUUAUAACAAAUAGUCCAUGAAAACUUAGCUGUAAUAAACACACUAACAAAAUUGCAUGAUUAUUUUUGUAUUUCAAAAUCAAUGUUAAUCAGUCAAUACAUUUGCGUAGAGCUUUUUUGCUUGCUAGCAGAUGUUGUUCUUGAGUAGUAAUUUUCCAUUAGUUGUCUGUACCUAGCAUGACAUCUUACUCUGUGAAAUAUUGAUAGCAUUGUGAAAAAUAAUUUCUCUUGCAUUACCACAUCUGAUUCUGAAUGAUAAAUACAAUCAUAGAACAUGGACAUAGCAUCAUUUUCUCGACAAAUUGUAUUGGUGAAGUGUUGGAACUGACACUGCUGUGCAUGGAUUUCUAAAUACAAGUUCCAAAACUACAAAGAAAUCUAUCGCUUCAGAAGAGGGCUGGGUUAGACCA